CCACGUUCUCUUCAUUUGCUUAAGUUAUUAUAGUUUCCCUAAUUGAAAGAAACAUUCAUCACCUCAAACAGAAAAAAUGGAAACUGUUGAAACACUUCACAUGAACAAAGGAGCCGGCGAAACUAGCUAUGCCACCAACUCCUUCAUCCAGAGGAAGAUAUUAUCCUUGACAAAAGAAGCAACAGAGAAAGCUAUUAUGGAAAUUCUAUGCUCAACAAGAUCCCCACUGAUAAAUAUGGGAAUUGCUGAUUUAGGAUGUUCAUCAGGACCUAAUGUCUUUAAGGUGAUGUCGGAAAUAGUUGAAGCUAUAAAUGCGGCUUCAAACAUGUUGGCUCGACCAGCACCGGAGGAACUAAUGUUGUAUAUGAAUGACCUUUUCACCAAUGACUUCAACAAUGUCUUUGCUUCUUUGCCAUCUUUUCACAAAAAAAUUAACCAGCAAAAUGGAAAUGAUAGUAAAAAUAAUGGAUACUUUGGUUCUAAGUGUUUUGUUUCUGCUGUACCGGGAACUUUCUAUGGUAGACUCUUUCCAACUAAGUCAAUCCACUUUGUUCACUCUUCUUCAAGCAUUCAUUGGCUUUCUCGGGUUCCUGGUGUAUUAGAAGAAAAAGGUGGAAGAAGAUUGAAUAAGGGAAACCUCUGCAUAUCAAAGAAUAGUCCAAAUUGUGUGUUACAAGCUUAUUCACAACAAUUCCAAAAUGACCUUUCAUGCUUCCUUAAAUCGCGCUCUCAAGAGAUGGUAUAUGGGGGACGCAUGGUCCUUUCUUUUCUAGGUAGGCAAUCCAUGGAAUAUACAUCAUCCAAUUGUUACUAUCAGUGGGAACUCUUAGCACGGGCUCUUAAGACCAUGGUUUCAGAGGGUCUUGUUAAAGAAGAAAAAGUGGAUUCUUUCAAUGCUCCUUAUUAUGCAUGUUGUUAUGAAGAAUUGAAAAUGGAGAUUAAAAAGGAAGGUUCAUUCAGUGUGGACUCUCAUGAAGCUUAUGAAGUUGAUUGGGAUGAUGGGAAAGACUUGCAAAGUGAUCAUGAUUUAUCAGAAACAAUGUCAAAAGGGGAACGGUUUUCAAGAGCCAUGAGGGCUGCAGUUGAGUCAAUACUAGAAUAUCAUUUUGGAAAUCAUUUAAUGGAUGAGUUGUUUCAAAGGUAUGCUAUACUUGUGGAGGAUCAUUUGUCCAAGAAUAGGGCCACAUUUAUCAAUUUAAUCAUUUCUCUAGUCAAGCAAUAUUGAAACACAUAAGCAUCAAACAAACAACAACAAUUUAUGUUUGUUUUCAUUAUAAUUUAUAUCUAACCCUCUAUUUUUGGUUA